GACUUGUAUAAAUAGCUUGUGUGUUUACAGUUAGCUAGAUAGAGCUCUUUGUUUUUCCCCAUCGGUUUAGUGUAAAAAUGUGCGGGCUGUACAACAGCCUACAUACUGUCCCGUAUUCCAACAAGGGGUGUUAUUAAAAAUAUAUUGACACAUUUUUUUUUUUUUUUCCAAAGAGGGCAUUUUUUUCAAAGCCCUUGUUUACUUGGAACCGAGAAAGAGUCUUCUUUCGGAAAUCUGUUUCAGAUCAUCUUAAGGUACAGAAGUCUCCCUUGAGGGCUGGACCAUGGUGUUGAUUCUAGGCAGACGGAUGAACAGGGAGGACACCGGCAUCAGAGACUCACCGGCAGUCAAACGCAAGGUUUUUGAGGUCGACUCCAAGACGUUAGCCACCCAGGAAGUGUUGGACUUCUGCUCUGGCUCCUCCCACUCCGAGGGGAUCCUGCAGGUGUUCAACGAGUUCCGCGACUGUCGCCUAUUCACGGACGUGGUCAUCAGCGUGCAGGGCCGCGAGUUCCCCUGCCACCGGGCUGUGCUCUCGGCGUGCUCCUCCUACUUCAGAGCCAUGUUCUGUAAUGAUCACCGUGAGAGCCGCGAGAUGCUGGUGGAGAUCAAUGGCAUUCUGGCCGAAGCCAUGGAGUCCUUCCUCGCUUAUGUUUACACCGGCCGCGCCAAGAUCACUACGGAGAACGUCCAGUUCCUAUUCGAGACCUCCAGUCUCUUCCAGAUCGCCACGUUACGGGAUGCCUGCGCAAAGUUCCUGGAGGACCAGCUAGACCCGUGCAACUGCCUGGGCAUCCACCGCUUCGCGGAUGCUCAUUCUCUCAAGCAGCUCGCCAGCCGCUGCCGCACCUACGCUCUGGCCAAUUUCUCUGAGGUGGCUCAGCACGAGGAGUUCCUCGACCUCCGUAGGGAAGAGCUAGAAGAGUACAUCGACAGUGACGAGCUGUCCAUCGGUAAAGAGGAGGUGGUGUUUGAGGCGGUGAUGCGCUGGGUGUACCACGGUGUGGAGCAACGGAAACCCCUGCUGAAGGCCUUGCUGCACCAUGUACGCCUGCCGCUUUUGCACCCCAACUACUUUGUCCAGACAGUGGAGGGAGACCAGCUCAUCCAGAAUGCUCCGGAGUGCUACCAUCUUCUCCACGAGGCAAGGCGCUACCACGUACUUGGAAAUGAGAUGAUGUCACCCAGGACCAGGCCGCGCAGGUCGACUGGCUACUCUGAGGUGAUUGUGGUGGUGGGCGGUUGUGAGAGAGUGGGGGGUUUCAACCUGCCCUACACCGAGUGCUACGAUCCAGUGACGGGGGAGUGGAAGUCGCUGGCCAAGCUGCCCGAGUUCACCAAGUCCGAGUACGCCGUGUGCGCCCUCCGCAAUGACAUUCUAGUGUCAGGUGGUCGCAUCAACAGCAGGGAUGUGUGGAUGUAUAACUCUCAGCUCAACCUUUGGAUCCGAGUGGCUUCAUUAAAUAAAGGCCGCUGGAGACACAAGAUGGGGGUCCUCCUGGGCAAGGUCUACGCAGUGGGUGGCUACGAUGGCCAGAGUCGUCUGAGCAGUGUUGAGUGUUAUGACUCCUUCUCAAACCGCUGGACGGAGGUGGCGCCCUUGAAGGAAGCGGUCAGUUCGCCGGCCGUCGCCAGCUGUGCCGGCAAGCUCUUCGUCAUCGGAGGGGGGCCCGAUGACAAUACCUGUUCAGACAAGGUCCAGUGCUAUGAUCCAGAGACAGACACAUGGCUGCUCCGAGCCAACAUCCCCAUUGCCAAGCGUUGCAUCACCGCCGUGUCGCUCAACAACCUUGUGUACGUGUGCGGCGGCCUAACCAGGUCCAUAUUCUGCUACGACCCCUUGGAGGACUACUGGAUGCACGUGGUGCACACAUUUGCAAAGCAGGAGAGCUGUGGCAUGUCCGUGUGUAAUGGCAAAAUCUUCAUCCUGGGAGGCCGGGGCGAAAACGGCGAGGCGACGGACACCAUCAUGUGUUACGACCCGGCGACGGGCAUCAUCACGGGGGUGGCUGCUAUGCCACGUUGCAUCUCCUAUCACGGCUGCGUAACCAUACAUCGCUUCAAUGACAAGUACCACAGGCCAUGACCAAAAAACAAGCACGCACUUACAAUGUAUGAGCGCACAAGCACACACUUCAUGACACCAUAACACAUCGUUCAGUGUAUUUAUUUUCUCACAGUAUCAUGUAGCAACACUCAUUGCGGUGCUGUGAACAUUUAUCUUUCAUAGUGCAACUGGUUUCUAUUUAAUCUGAUUAAUGGCAAAAGAGUACACAGUCGAACAAAGUUUAAAAAAAAAAAAACUCACAUAUGGAUCAUUUUGCCUAUAUUAACAGCAUGUUUCCUAAAAAAGUUCCAAAGAAAAUUCUUUAGGCAGGGAUGUCCUAACAUUUUCCUCCAAGGGCUGCAUACAGAAAAAUGGAAAGAUGCAAAAACCACUUCAAAAUUAUUUUAAUUUAUUGAACACGGUAAAUCUGAUCAAUCAAGCAAUUACAUAUUGGUGAUAUAUUGUACAGUAGUUACUUGAAAAACUGCAAUGCCACAGCUUUCUAUUAAAGUUCAUGAGGAAAAUAAUUUGGGAUUUUAUAGGAUUUGGGAAUUUUUGCUUCUGAAACACAAUUAUAUUUAAUAGAAAUUUUGUUACUAUUGUUAUAGUUAAUAAUUUAGUAUUUAGUAGUAUUAUUAGUAAUAGUUGUUGAACCCAUGUGGAAUGUGAGUGUUGCAAGGUAUCCCGCCUGCCCCCCCCCCUUUUUUUUUUUUUUAGAAAAAAUGUUUGGCAGUCAUUUUGAAAAUCAUUUUUACUGUAUGUGGCGGGCCACACAAAAAUGGACAGCGGGCUGCAAAUGGCGCCUGGGCUGUAGUUUGUCUUAAGUAAUGCCACCUCAAUUUUUAAUAUACAGUAAAUCUCAAAAUUGACUUUCGACUUCCUGUAUUCGAUUUAGCAGUAGUCCAAUUUAUCCGACCCGUUUUUUGAAAGAGAAUCUGUUCUUGAAAACACUGAACUUCUAAAGCAAUUUCUAAUUUCUAAAGUAAUUUUGCAAUAUCAGUAUUCUCACAAAUACUCAAAAGCAUAAGCUGGCAAAUGCUGGUGGGCUCACACCUGUCCGAAUGAUUUCUGGGAAAAAAAAAAAGUUGAUUUUUGACUGCGAUAAGCAGCUAUGGCAGACAAUAAUGGUAAUUUUGUUUCUAGUGCAGUUUUCAUUUGAGAAUCUCAAAAACAACUCGAAACACAGUUAAGUUACUUGAUUAGAAAUUAACUUAGAAUAUGUUUAAUUUGGUAGUGAUAGAAAAACUGAAUAUAUCAAAUUCCGACCAUGUUAUUAUCUUCCCUUUUUUGAUAAUUAUGUUAAGCUCUUCCACUUUUUUCAAUUUGCAUUUCCCUUUGCCUCUUCUAUUUACAUCCAUAUUUCUUUAUUUUUGCUACAUUAUCCUACAUAUUCUCAUUACUGGUAUUUUUAUUUUUGAAAAGUAUAACUUAAGCGUGUGUUCAAUUUUUUUCCCUUAAGUUCUUGUGUACACUUUUAGCAAAGUGCAUCUUUUUCAUAUCAUUGUUUAACAGUGUUUGGGGCAUGUGGGUGUUUUUUGUAUUUGUAGUGAGAGGCAUUUUUGUAGAUCAGAUUUUCAGAUCUAGAGUCUGCUUUGAAUACAUGGUGUGCCUGUACAGAUAUGAUUCAUGUAUGCAUGACUUUUACGACAUACAGUACUUUGGACGGUGUCAGUGACCGCACGGUCACUGUCAGUUUACGCCGCUUGCACCUUUGAUUUAAAAGACACAAGAUGUAACUCGGGUUAACCGUAGAUACCUCCGUGUGUGUAUGAUGGUUUGAGAGUCGGGCGUGGAGGUGUUUGAACCACUAGCCCUUAGUUAAGGUCAGUAAAAGUUUUUUUGUUGUUUUUUUUUUUUUUUUUUUUACAAUAGGUGUUGAUAGACAAGAUGUUGCUGUGAACUUUUAUUUGUUUUGUAUUUAAAUGUAUUUUUUUUCCUGUACCUGAGAGCCCCCGUUCUGCACUUUGACAGAAUCUUGUCAAGUAGGUAAUAGUGGAUGAAAAUUAUCUUCCCAUUUUUCUUCUGUUUUUUUUUUUUUUACUGUAUCAGUAAAUGUUAUUAGCUUUCACGUGAAACAUGGAGUUGAGUGCGUAGGGCGCCUCUAUUUGGCCGCAGAAUGCCGCAGUUCAGAUACGACAACAACGACUCGAGAGGACAAAGUUCAGAGAGAGGACUUUAAAAUAUGACAAAGAUGUUAGAGCUGUUUUUUUCUUCUGUUCAACAAUCAGAAAACAUAAUCCAGCAGUUUUUAAUAAAAAAAUGGUGAUUAAGGCCAACAAUCCCGUCAGAAAUUUGAAUGGUAUUGGGAAUAAAUAAAUGUGUGUCUGGGAUUUUACCAGGUACUUUCGCAAUUUGAAUAAAUCCUCUCAUUAUGUAUUUUUUUCCCCAUUAAAAUAUUUUCACUUUUCUUAUGUUUGCUUUAGUAAGAUUUGUGUUCAUUUUGUGUUUGUAUUUUAUUGUGGGAUUGUGUGUUUUUUGACCCCAUGUGAUUGAACUUUUUAGAAAAAAUAAUAAUUUGGCAUAAAUGGAGGUAGAAACAAACUUGGGUUUUUGGAUUUGAUUCGGAUGUCAUCCUGUGUUUUGAUAAUGUGCCUUUAAAAGAAUAAACCAGCAGGGGAAUAUUGAUUUUCUUUUUAUACGAACCUUUACAAAUGCAUUUGUUAUGUGAUACUUUAAGAUGCUCGGCGCGAGGAUGCAAGAAAAUGUUUUUUUUUCUAAAUGUUGACUUGUGUACAAUAAAUAACAAUAAAGUUUUUUUUUUCCUUUCU